GCUAAAAUCACUAAUGUCUUGCAAUAAACAAUUUUUCAACCGUCGGUACGAGUCACGAAUUCUUUUGUUGUGUAAUACAGGGAGCACUUGACGUUGGAAAUCUUACAAUUAAUUUUGGAAUAACACUCGACGUUUGUGAUAGAUCUGCUUAAUCUGCGAUAAAAUGAGUUUGUGGGUGGACAAAUAUCGUCCGACGACACUUGCGAAGCUGGAUUAUCACCUCGAGCAAGCGGAGGACUUGAAAAAUAUGGUGCAGAAACGAGACUUUCCACAUUUAUUAGUACACGGACCCUCUGGCGCAGGAAAGAAAACUCGAAUAUUAUGCAUUUUAAAGGAACUUUACGGAGUUGCGGCUGAGAGAUUAAAAAUAGAAAACAUGCAGUUUGAGACACCGUCUAAAAAGAAAUUAGAAAUAUUGACAGUAACCAGUAAUUAUCAUACAGAAGUAAAUCCGAGCGAUGCAGGAAUAUAUGAUAGAAUUGUUGUCAUGGAAUUAAUAAAAGCGACUGCUCAAACGCAUCACAUAGACAUAGGCCAGAAGGAUUUUAAAGUUGUACUGCUGACAAAUGUGGAUCAACUUACGAGAGAUGCGCAGCACGCGCUUCGUAGGACGAUGGAGAAGUACAUCGGUACGUGCAGGUUGAUUCUUUGCGCGAACUCGACGUCGCGAGUCUUGCCUGCGAUUCGAUCGCGUUGCGUGCGAAUCAGAGUCCCCGCGCCAACCGCCUCCGAGAUCAAGAGUAUUUUGCACUCGAUUUGUAAACGCGAAGGACUUACUCUGCCCGAUGCGUUUGCCGAUCGGCUGAUUGAAGCUAGCAACAGAAAUCUUCGACGAGCAAUACUAAUGCUCGAGGCUUGCAAAGUUCAGCAAUAUCCGUUUAUCGCUGAUCAAGAGAUAACAGAACCGGAUUGGCAAGUAUACAUACGACAAACAGCCAGCAUGAUGGUCUCCGAACAAUCUCCCAAGAGACUUUUAGACAUACGCAACAGAUUUUACGACCUGUUAACGCGCGCUAUACCAUGCGACCUUAUCUUUAGGGGAUUGUUGCAAGAAUGCAUAAAAAAUUGUGACGAUCAGUUGAAGAAAGAAAUUAUCGAUGUCGCAUCGGAGUAUCAGCAUAGAAUGAUACGUGGUUCGAAACCUAUAUUUCACUUGGAAGCUUUUGCCGCGCGGUUUAUGACGAUUUACAAGAAAUACAUUGAAUCGUCCUUGGAUGGUUUUAUAUAAAACUCUGUCCGCGUAUCGUCUGUACUUUUAAAAUCAAGUUUUAAAAUAUUUUUUUAUAUCUUUGAUAAAACGAUAUGAUAUAGUAAGUUUUUAUUUAAAUAAUAUGUUUUAAUAUUGGAACGAAAGUCAUGUAGAUUUCAUGUAAUCACUUCUGUAAUUUUAAAUACAAGUUUAAUAUUACCUUUUUGCAAAAAUAAAUGUAAAAAUUAUACU